UCAGAGCUGCAAGAAACUAAGACCUCUGAAUAUCACAGAAUAUCCCACAGUCCCCUGGAUUACAGGAUAUUAUUCAUGGACGAAGAUCAGGAUCGGAUCUACGUGGGCAGCAAAGAUCAUAUUCUGUCAUUGAAUAUUAAUAAUAUAAGCCAGGACCCUCUCAGUAUUUUCUGGCCGGCGUCAGCAAACAAGGUUGAAGAGUGCAAAAUGGCUGGCAAAGAUCCUACACAUGGCUGUGGAAAUUUUGUGCGUGUGAUACAGUCAUACAACCGCACGCACCUCUAUGUGUGCGGCAGCGGCGCCUUCAGCCCCGUGUGUGUCUAUGUCAACAGAGGGCGCAGGUCCGAGGAACAAGUCUUCAAGAUUGACUCCAAGUGUGAAUCAGGAAAGGGACGCUGUUCUUUCAACCCUAACGUGAACACGGUGUCUGUUAUGAUCAAUGAGGAGCUUUUUUCAGGAAUGUAUAUUGAUUUCAUGGGGACAGAUGCAGCCAUUUUUCGGAGUCUGACCAGGAGGAAUGCGGUGCGAACUGACCAGCACAACUCCAAGUGGCUGAGUGAGCCUAUUUUUGUGGAUGCUCAUGUUAUCCCAGAUGGCACUGACCCCAAUGAUGCCAAGAUCUACUUCUUCUUCAAAGAGAAACUCACAGACAACAGCGGCAGCACAAAACAAAUUCAUUCCAUGAUUGCGAGAAUAUGCCCAAAUGACACAGGUGGUCAGCGUAGUCUUGUGAACAAGUGGACAACAUUCUUGAAAGCAAGACUUGUGUGCUCAGUAAUGGAUGAAGAUGGAACAGAAACAUACUUUGAUGAAUUAGAGGAUGUGUUUCUUCUAGAGACAGAUAACCCCAGAACAACGCUUGUGUAUGGGAUUUUUACAACAUCAAGCUCCAUAUUUAAAGGCUCAGCUGUGUGCGUGUAUCAUCUGUCCGACAUCCAGACUGUGUUCAAUGGGCCAUUUGCACACAAGGAGGGCCCAAACCACCAGCUGAUUCCAUAUCAGGGCAGAAUUCCUUACCCGCGACCUGGCACCUGUCCAGGAGGAGCCUUCACACCUAAUAUGCGGACAACCAAAGAGUUUCCAGAUGAUGUUGUGACCUUCAUCAGGAAUCACCCUUUGAUGUUUAAUCCCAUUUACCCAAUACACAAAAGGCCAUUAAUCAUCCGGAUAGGAGCUGACUACAAGUAUACGAAGAUCGCUGUGGAUCGAGUGAAUGCUGCUGACGGGAGAUAUCACGUCUUGUUUCUUGGAACAGAUCAAGGAACUGUACAAAAAGUUGUUGUCCUUCCCACCAACUUCUCUGCAAGUGGAGAACUCAUAUUAGAAGAACUGGAGGUUUUUCAGAGUAAUUCUCCCAUAACAACAAUGAAGAUUUCAUCUAAAAAGCAACAGUUGUACGUGAGCUCAGAUGAAGGGGUCACCCAGGUAUCCUUGCAUCGCUGCCACAUCUAUGGGACUGCCUGUGCUGACUGCUGCUUAGCCCGAGAUCCGUACUGUGCCUGGGAUGGCAACUCCUGCUCCAGGUUUUAUCCCACAGGAAAAAGGAGGAGUCGUAGGCAAGACGUGAGACAUGGAAACCCUCUGACUCAGUGCCGAGGUUUCAACCUGAAAGCAUACAGAAACGCUGCAGAAAUAGUUCAGUAUGGAGUGAAAAACAACACCACCUUUCUCGAAUGCACACCCAAAUCUCCUCAGGCAUCUAUUAAAUGGCUGCUACAGAAAGACAAUGACAGGAGGAAAGAGGUCAAGCUGAAUGAGAGGAUCAUAGCUACUGAGCAAGGACUCCUCAUUCGCUCUGUCCAAGACAGCGACCGGGGGCUUUACCACUGCAUCGCAACAGAGAACAGCUUCAAGCAGACCUUAGCAAAGAUCAACUUCAAAGUGCUGGAUUCAGAGAUGGUGGCCAUCAUGACUGACAAGUGGUCCCCUUGGACCUGGGCCAGCUCAGUGCGAGCGCUGCAGUUCCACCCAAAGGACUUUGUGGGAGCUUUCAGCCACUCAGAAAUGCAGAUGAUUAACCAGUACUGCAAAGACAGUAGACAGCAAGGUCAGCAGAGGGAAGAACCCCAGAAGAUGAGAGGGGACUACAGCAAACUAAAGGCCCUUAUCAAUAGCAGGAAAAGUAGAAAUAGAAGGAAUCAGUUACCUGGAUCUUAAUUUUAUUUUGUAGUAACAGAUAUCUUUGUCCUCACUGUAGGGGGCUUAUAUUUGUCUAUUGAGAACAAAUUAGAGCAAAUCUGAUAAAAAAAUUAGAUGAAAAUUCAGCUAGUCUUGGAAAAGAUCCGUCUCCCAAAAAAAUGCAGUGUAACUUAACUAAAGAAAAUAAUUCAGAGCAUUUUCUUUCCUAGAUGCUUACUGACUAGGUUAGGCUCUGUCCUAGAUUCAGAACUGGGUAUUCAUCUCAAACCAGAUUCACCAUUAACAUCUCAGUAUUUAAUUACAGCUGAAUAGAAGGUUUUACAAAAUCAAUGCAUUAUCUUGCAACUCUGGAACUGUACCAACCAGACUGCUCAUGAAAGAAUCUGGGUUAAGAUGCAUGCUCAAAGCAGGAUGGUACUAAGAUUUCCUUGCACUGCAUUUAAGAGCAUGA